CGCUGCAAGGUGAGACCCUGCGGCUGUCUGCGUUUUCUCUCUGUUCUGUUCUUGCCCACAACAAGCAGAAGAACGGAAGGAGGCGGAGGAGAAGAGGAGAGCAUAGCUGCUAUCAAGCGAUCGAUCGCUGAUCAUGGCGUUGAACAACGGUUUGAGAUCUGCAUCAAAGCUAAUUGCUUCCUCAUCUGAGUCGUUUCUCUCCAAAUCAGUGAGCAGAGGAAUCCACUCAACCGGGGUAAAGAGGAUGGGAGGGGGACACGGGCAUGGGCACGACGAGCCAUACUACCUUCAUGCCAAGCACAUGUACAAUUUGGACAGGAUGAAGCACCAGAAGCUGAAGAUGACGCUUGCAGUUUGGACCGCUUUCAGCAUAGGUGUUGCAGUCCCCGUCUAUGCUGUUAUCUUCCAGCAGAAGAAAACUGCCUCGGCCUAGACCAAUGGUACAAUAGCCCCAGUUAUGGUAUCUUGUGUUAUGGCUUUCACUGGGUUCACCAAUUGAACAUUCUUGUCAGUCUUCUUUUUUGGGUUAAGCUGACAGACCACAUAACAUAAAUCGUGUGACUGUUGGGUCGUACUGAGAUCAGCCAAUAUCAUGCGGAGACUUCAAAUAGUUGUUUGAGCUCUUACCCUAAUUAUUCCUCAA